AUGCAGAUCUUCGUCAAGACCCUUACCGGCAAGACCAUCACUCUCGAGGUCGAGUCCUCUGACACCAUCGACAACGUGAAGUCCAAGAUUCAGGACAAGGAGGGUAUCCCUCCCGACCAGCAACGCUUGAUCUUUGCCGGCAAGCAGCUUGAGGACGGCCGCACCCUCUCCGACUACAACAUCCAGAAGGAGUCUACCCUCCACUUGGUUCUCCGCCUUCGUGGUGGUAUGCAGAUCUUCGUCAAGACCCUCACUGGCAAGACCAUCACCCUUGAGGUCGAGUCCUCUGACACCAUCGACAAUGUCAAGUCCAAGAUCCAGGACAAGGAGGGUAUCCCUCCUGACCAGCAACGCUUGAUCUUUGCCGGCAAGCAGCUUGAGGAUGGCCGCACCCUUUCCGACUACAACAUCCAGAAGGAAUCUACCCUUCAUUUGGUCCUUCGACUCCGUGGUGGUAUGCAAAUCUUUGUCAAGACCUUGACCGGAAAGACCAUCACACUCGAGGUCGAAUCAUCCGAUACCAUUGACAACGUCAAGUCCAAGAUCCAGGAUAAGGAGGGCAUUCCUCCCGAUCAGCAGCGUUUGAUUUUCGCCGGAAAGCAGCUUGAAGAUGGUCGCACUUUGUCCGACUACAACAUCCAGAAGGAGUCGACUCUCCACCUCGUCCUUCGUCUGCGCGGAGGUAUGCAAAUCUUUGUCAAGACCUUGACUGGAAAGACAAUCACGCUCGAGGUUGAGUCUUCGGACACGAUCGACAACGUUAAGUCCAAGAUUCAAGACAAGGAGGGUAUCCCUCCUGACCAGCAGCGUCUUAUUUUUGCCGGAAAGCAGCUGGAGGACGGUCGCACCCUGAGCGAUUACAACAUUCAGAAGGAGUCGACGCUCCACCUUGUCCUCCGUCUGCGUGGCGGUCAGUAAGCGAUGGCCUCGGUACAUAUGGAAACUGCCUGUUUCAAGGCACCGGCGUUCAUGGGUUAUGAUUAAGGGAUAUGGCAUGGAUGAACUUUUCACACAUACCUAAGCAUUAGCUAGGAACCUUGCGCUCACGAAAGCGCUUCAAUACCAGACUCUAUUUGAAGUCAAUCUCUUUUCCUCGUUCCGCACCCUAACUUCGUGAUUGGAUAGGUAGAGUUUACAUGUGAGCUGCAUUGGUCUCUUAUCAGUGACGUACACAGUGGAGCCGUCCAUGCGACAGCGGGGCAGGCAGGUCACAGUGAAAUCCUCCCACAGUAUCCGUAGCUACUGGAGCCUUGCAUCCAAAUUG